AAAUAGCCUGCGAACAGGCUUCCUGCGAGGACGGAAAAAAAUUUCGGCGAGCGCGAAACAGAAGAAUUCGGAAAGCAAAGCGAUCGGAGCGGGGACAGCUAGCCUUUUCGCAGGCUAGGUAUUAAUUUGUGUCAGUUUGUCGAUCUGUGUGUGCUUUGCUGUUUCUACUCGCGGCUUGUAAAAUCUAUAUCAUAAAGCAAAUGAAGUGAUAAAACACUCCGGCCAUUUGAGAAAACUCGAGAAAUUGAGAAAACACUCGCCAGCGGCUCGUGUUAUCUACAUUUCACUCGUGUUCUCAAAUGCCCGUCGUGUGUUAUCACAGUGUGAUACAUGGCUUAGGCUUCUUUAUUUGUUAAAGAAAGAAUGAUGGCUAAUAUAACCUUAAAAGGCGUUAGGUUGGCAAGAAAGCAAAACCCACGGGGACCCUGCAUUGUAGCGUAGCGUAGAGAUGACGCGGUUUAUUUGUUUAUUAUUUAUUCAUUUAUUUAUUUAUUUAUUUAUUUUAAGACUUAAGGGUCACUGGACUCGGGAGGCUAGCCGUCGUAGCUUGGCGGCUUAAGCAAUUUUUUAAGCAGUUUGAGUUCGUUUAAUAAUGCGGCUUUAGCGCUCGUUAUCGCGGCUUCUUCGCUUUCUUAGCACGCUACUUGCUUAAAAACCGCCAAGCUACGCAGGCUAACUCAAGACCUCAGUACGUGUUUCUGCAGCUGUUAAUUACUAAGAAACUGUAGAAAUUCAUUUACUGUGACUCCUGAAGUGCCCUUAAGUACUGAGUUAGGCUCUGACCCGUAAGCGUGAAGGGUCAGUUCCCAAAAUAGGAAGAGGACUCGCACUAGAAUAGAAAGAACAUGGGUUCGCAUCUUUUGAAAGACACCGAAUAGAUCGGCAAGCGCGGCCCGAGCGGUAGUCUUUGUUUAUAACGUUUCCGUCAUUAGCAUAAGCGAUACGGUUUCUGCAGUCGUUUCUGCAUAAGCGAUAAGGUUUCUGAUGGAGUUACAAAAACAUUAGUUCUGAAACUGAGUACGAUUAACUGUCCCAAGGAAUUUGAGCCCGACGUAUCGAAUCAGAUCGAAUGCUUUUUGUGCAAUGUGGGCUUAAAAACUCAAAAUUUUACAAAGAGUUAAGAUACGAGCUCAUUAGUGCCAGUUGUCCAGAAGUUUUGCAGGUUUUGAAAGCCAAUUUCUUCUCAAAUAUUACACCCAAAGAGGCAAAAAUUUUCACCAAUUACUAAGUUUCAAACUCUUUACAUGUUUGCAAUGCCUUCCGGCUGCGCAAUGUCGUACGUAAAUAAGGAAAAAUGUAAACAGUGACCUCAGCAAAGAUUCGCUUAUGUGUUCAGCAGUUCUAUCGUUUUCUGCCUUUGAUCGCACAGAAACGUAAUUAUUGUUUCCCUUGUACGUCAGUGGAAAACAGUGGAAAUUUUUCAUGUUUGGAGAGGCCUUCGGCCGAGCAAGGAAAGGGUCCAAGGACGGCCGAACCAAAGCAGCGGUUUCGCUCUCAAAAAUGCUAUUUUGGCGGGAAAAAAAUAUGAAGCUGUGAUUGGCUGUCACAUUGUAUUCGCUAUUUGGCGGUUGAAUCAAAACGUUUUGACCAAGCGUCAGUCGUCAACACACAACAAAGAUCGAGAAACGAACGUGAUCUUUGACUCUGCGGCAGAUCUACCAUAAUUCAAAGUAGCCAUGGAGCAAACAGAUAGACAUCAUAAGAAGAAAAGCAGUCAGCCUGAGCUGCCGAGUUGUUUUUUGACGCCAGAAUCGCCAGGAGAUCAACUUCUUAGUCGCAUCAACACUGGCCGCAUGACUCCUUCAUUCGAAACCUCGCCAUCGUCUGUUUUCCUUACUCCACCGUGCUCUCAAGAAAAAGCUUGCAGCCCUCAGUUUCAAUCACUUGCUCUAGAUGGAUUGCCUAAGCUCAAGUUUGAGCUUGAUGACGGCGAUCAGGAUGAAUCCACGAAGCAAAGUCCUCAACGAUCGCCUUUGUUGCCAGAGGACAAGAUCAUUGGAAGACUCAUCGGGAAAAAUUGCGUCGAUGUCAUCUCAGAUCUAAUGGCGGUUAACUGCAAUAAGAUUUGCCAAACAAUUUGCAGUUAUCUAGAGCCUCUGGACCUUUGCAGAUUUGCUUCUGUGAGCUCAAAAUGGAGGAAUUUUGUCAAACAAGACACCGCAACACAACAAAGGUGGAAGGAAUUCCUAGGAGAACGCAAGGAAUAUUAUUAUCUCAAGGGAAAGGAAAACCAUGGCAACAAAACAAUUUUGGUCAAAACUCUGUCAAAACUGCCACUUAAAAGUGUCAAUGUUAACAUACCUCGCAAAGAAAGUGGCGAUCAGGUUGACAACUCUCCUAUGACGUCUGUGUGUCCUCAUCCAAUAUCAAGUCAGGCGAUGGUUAAACUUCGACCAUGCCCAAAGUGUACAUCUCCUUCCAGCUUGUCAAAAACACAAGAGGGUCAUUCCCAGUGUCAAAAAUGUGGACUGAGAUUCUGCUCACUUUGCCUUAGAAAUAGUGAACAUCAUCAGAAUGGGGACUCAUGUGAUGGACUUGUAUUUGUUCCCUCUGAAAGAACUGAUCAAAGGCUACGAUCGAAAAAACCCAACAAGAACAUUGUUGGGAGUAAAUCAAGUAAAGACCGAGUUAGAAGACUCUGACAUAGGUUUAAGCUUUUAAAAUUUGUAUUAUAUUUUAGGCAAUGGCUUAUUUAUUAAUGUAAUAAUAAUUCAUUAGAUAGGUUUUAUGAAUUUUAGCAAGUGCAGUGUAUAAUUGUUUAGCUUAUUAAUGAAUUUUUUAGUUAGGCAUUUUUAAAGUUGUUUUCCAUCUUUAUUUUAUGCAGCAUAAAAAUUAUUCUGAUAAAUCAUCGACACAUUCAUCGCAUGAAUCCUCAUAUCAAUAAAUGAGAUAAGGAUUUCAGAUACAUCUUUGCCAUGUGUUUGUUCUUAGUUACUCACAUUACAGGGGUUGUCACAGGUUAGGAAAUAGGGAAAAUAAAAUGAUAACAAGUCAGGGAAAAUUGACAACUUGAAGGAACGUCAGCAAAAUUUGAAACUAGAACUCCUCUGAUUCAAUACCAUUGAAGGGUGGGCAACAUUUCAGGUCACUGAGAUCUUUUAGAAGUGUUUUCACUAAUUAUUUGUUUUGACCUAUCAGCCACCUACACCAACUUACAAAAGGGUAAACAUAGUUUCACCUUAGUUUGUCUGUUAGUUUGUAUAAUAUAUAUGGGUUA